CUGCCAUGUUUAGUUUAUCUGUCUAUUUUGAAAAGUGCUCGAUAUUUAGUGAUCAAGUUUAUUAUGAAAAUUGGUUACCGUUCAGAAAAAUAUAAUAAACACGAAACAGGGCGUGGUUAUUUAGAAUGCACCCCAUUUCGCAUCCAUUUUGCCGUAUUUGUAAAAUGUUUCUGUUUACAUCUUUAACCCAAAGCCUCAUUCGGAUUCCUAGGGUCUGAAGUUGCAGGUAACCGCGCAAAGGCUUUAGCGAGCCCAAUUCUGCAUCGAUGUCUACAGGCUAGUUUUUUACAUUGUAGCAGGCUCGACGAUUUUGAAAGUCUUUAAUAUUCCUGUUCCUUUAGUACGAAACAUUUCUCGUCUGUAGGACGACGGUUUAUUUCACAUUAAGUUUCCAGCCGGGAGCGUUUUUGAUCUGGAUCUGCAAAGCGAGGCGGCAGGGGGCGGCGGCGGAGGCGUCACGGCCCACCCUCCUACAGAGGAAGCCCCGGAUUAUAAUAAUGGAGACAUGAACGAUCGUCCGGAUCCAAUCACCUCUCCCACUACGUCAAGCGUCGCAGUAGCAGUAGCAGUACCAGAGAGAGGCGAAGUAGCUCAGGAACUGCCUCGGAUCGCAUCGAAAUUGUCGCCCUUCCCGAAGGCGGCAUCGAACCCGCCCCUGAUAACCGUUUUGAAUUCGACCGGCCCGCUGACGGUGCUGAAAAAUCUGUGCGUGUCGGCCGCGACGCCGCCCCAAUACGCCGCCGCCAUCGGCGUGACGAACGCGGUGGUGGGUAAAUCUCCCACCGUCACCGUAUUGAGUUGCGGACCCCUGAGUAGCGCGGUCGCGGUCGUGAAGACUAUCGACGCCCCCAUCAACAGUCUAGUGACGGGAGGCGCAGGGACGGUCGUCGAGAGCCGAGGCCAUAAUGUUUUCGUUAAGAACACGACUUGUGUGGACACGGGAGGCGGAUGCGCCGGGGAUAGUGGUCAGAAGUCGUCGGUGGGGCCCGCCCCUCCCCAGACGAACGUAAUACACAACGCUGCCAAACCGUCGACCGUGAACGGCCAACGGAACCGUCUGAAGGUGCUCUGCAACGCCCCCUCUAUGACGCAAUCGACCGCCCUAACCAGCAAGAUGCACAUCGUUAACCAGCAGCAAAAGUACCCGCGGCACUCCGUUCGGAGUUUCGCCAAGCCGCCGGCGGCUGCAAACGCGCUCGUGAACAGCGCGAAGGCGUCUCCGGGCCCCGCCCCUUCUCCCUUAUCUACCAAGCAGCAGGCGCAGAAAGCGAUCGCGAGUUAUCCGCCCAAAGGGCAACAGCAGCAGCAGCAGCGCAGUAUAAAGACGCUGCAACCGCAGCAGCAGCAUAUGCCGCCCCAUCAGCAGCAGCGGGUCGGUCUGAGGACGAUCCCAGCCCAGAAACACCAAAAGGUGGGCGCCCCCAAGCCGAACUAUAUCGGGAAACACGCGAUCCAAGGCCACAAGGCGAGGCCGACUUACGGGAGGGUCAAGAGUCCUAAGGCGGCGCCCGGAAACCACCACCCCCACCAUCACGAGAAACAGUUGACGUUCAAUCAGGCGCUGACUGCCCAGAUCAUCGAGACGUUGAGCAAUACCAGCGUGCCUCAGCCCAGCAAUAGGUGCGAGGCGUUGCCGGCCCGAUACGACAGUGCCUUCACGUGUCCCGAUAAACAGUACUUGGGCGCGGCCAAAGAGGAGGACAAAUCGAAAUCGGGCCUCGACACGUUGUCGCUGAUUUGCCAGGCGGUCCUCCUCGAUCACAACUACAACGCGACGUUGCCGUGCGAGCUGCCUUCGCGCCCCGCCCCCCCGCUCAACACGCAGGCGCACCUAAACGGCGUAACGAACAGCACGCUGUACGGCGCGACGCCCGGCAAGAAACGGACGCAAAGCGUCGGUUCGGCGGCGACGGCGCCGCUCGCGGUGGGCGUUCCCGGCGCGACCGCCCUUAGGAAUUACGAAGACGACGGCGGUUCGGACGUUUCGGACGUUUCGGAGCACAAGCACGACACCGAGGGCGAGGAAACCGACACGGCACCGGAAGCCGAGGAGGUUAAGAAUGAGGACCCGUCCGAUCACUACGGCGACUACGUCACGAGGUGCAUUUGCGGUUUCCUUCACGACGACGGCUACAUGGUCGAGUGCGACCGCUGCAAGGUGUGGCAGCACGUGCAGUGCGUGGUGAAAAACCGGCAGGUGCCGGACGAGUACCUUUGCGAGAUCUGUGAUCCGUCGAAACACGUGGACCGUCAAAAGGCGCGGGUCAUUCAGCAGCAGUGGAUGCGCGACCGUCAGCUACUCGACCCGAAGCUCAGGCUGAAGCCGCCGAAGAUAAAAAGCGACGACACGGAGAGCUCCGACGAAGAACAUAUUAAAGCCCGGAACAACAACACUCCGAAGGGCGGCAAGCAGCCGGCGAUAGGGCGGCGAAAAUCGGAGGGCGGCGCGGCCCGCAAAGACGCGAAAGAGGCGGCGGCGGUGCCGGCGACGGCGGCGCCGCCUCCAAAACGGCCCAAACGCAAGGAGCGAAAAGUCGCGAAACGGAAGUCGAAGUCGACACCCGCGAGACAGCAGGCCGCCGCCGGCGUCGCGACGGCCGCGCAGGCGCACAGCGAAGACGAAAACCAAGAGGCGUGGUCCGCCCAUCAUCUGCCGCAGCUGCGGCAGUGGAUCGAAAAGUACGAAGAGGCGGUCACCAAUCAUUACUCGCCGGAGUUGCGGGCGCGAAUAUCGAGCAUCCGCGUCAACGGCGUGCACCAAACGGACCAGAGCACCGCCCACUACGACGCUUCGAUCAGCAAGUGUCGGGUGCACACGCAACCGUUGACCGAGAUGCGGUACCUGAUGAGUACCGCCCGUUUGGCGCCCAACGUGCCGGUCAUAGAGCUGCGCGGCAAGUACAUGCUGUCGAAUCAGCACCGGAACUCUUGCGGGCCGUUAAAUACGCGGCAACACACGCAGCGACCGGGGCCAUUUUUGUUUUUCUACCGACUGCAGAAGGACAACACGGAAAUUUGCGUGGACACGAGGACGUACGGCAACGACGCCCGGUUUAUACGGCGCUCGUGCCGUCCGAACACGGAACUACGCCACUGCAUCGAAAAGGGGGCGCUCCACCUGUACGUGGUGAGCAUCGCCGACGUCGAAAAGGACUGCGAGUUGACCAUCAAGCACGAGUCUCACGAUCUCGCUGCGGUAGGCACGACGCACAUCGCCUGCGCGUGCGGACGUCCAGAUGACUGUACCGUCAACCGGACCACCAUCAGGAAAAACGGCGACCUGCCGGAGAAGAAAAGGCGAACGAAACGAAGCACGUCAUCGAACUUGUCCCCGCCGGAGUCGAAACGGCCGCUCCGGGAGGCGGCCGUCAAGGCGGAACCGGCAGAACCGCCCCCGCAGGCCGCGGUCUUUCCGAAGCAAGAGGUGGCGGAACCGGCGACGAUCAAACCGGAACCUCUCGACGUUCGGGUGAAGCUCGAACGCGACGAAAAGCCCAUUAAGAAGGAAGAGGUGGCGGGGGAAGAGGAUGAGGAGGAGGACGACGUGAAACCCGAGGAGUCCCCGCCCUCGGUCAAACGCGAAAAGAUCAAACGGGAGGAGGGGAGUUCGCCGCCUCCGCCGGCCCGUGCCGCCACGCGGCGCUCUUCGUCGUCGAACAAGGAGGAGGAAGCGAAAACGGACUCCGUCGUGGCCGCCGCCGCCGUUUCCGAGCAGAAAACGACCAAAAGUAACGGGAAAAAGCUGAGCCGGGAGGAGAGGAAGCUGGAGGCGAUCCUGCGUGCCAUCGAGCAGAUGGAAAAGGCGGACCAGCGGAAACAGGGACACCAGGCGAAGCACGCGGCCUCGCAUCGACGGGAAUCCGAACCCGGGGUGCCGUCCGACGACAAGCAGGAACCGAAGAUGAAGCGACGAAAGAGGCGGGGCCGGGCGCGCACCACCAGCACUAGCGCCGCGCACGGCGGCCGGCGGAACCGACUCAACUCGACCGAUUCGUACAUGACGUCAGGCGACGAGAACCUUUUGUCGCCUAGCGACGGCCCCGCCCCUCCGCCGAAACGCUACUCGAAGGAGGACACGGAACACACGGGGCUCCUGCUCGCGCUGUCCUCGAUGCACGACUCGAAAGGCAAGAGGACGCCGCCCCGCGAACUCGAUAACAACUCCAAUUCGGCGCAGUCGUCGCCCGAGACCCACCUGUCGUCCGCGUGUUUGCUGGUGCAGGCCGCCGUCGAACCUCUGGAGCAGGGCUUCAAGUUUCCGAAGACGAAGAAGGGGUUGAUGAACGAAUGGUUGAACAAGGCGCCAGAGCCGGUGCAAGCGGCCAGCUCGAUCUAUCCGCCGUCACUGGUGCCCCACAUCAGUCCCACCGCUAUCGACGACGCGGAAAUGAAAGUGUUCGGUUCCGGCACUGGCAUCGGCACUUGUUAUUCCGAUAAUUCCGCCUCGCAUCAGCAGCAACAGCAGCAGCGCGGCGGCAACGCGAAGAAACGCUGGUUGCGACAGGCGAUCAGCGAGGAUCAUUCGAGCGAAGGAUUCAGCUAUCGACCAGACUCGCCGCUGUCGAACGAGAUGGUCGCUCCGCCCAAGAAACGCAAACUGCCGCGGGAGUCGCUGUCCAGCGAGAAUUCACUGCAGAGCGCGCCACCGAAAAGCCCCAACGUGAAAAACGACAUGGACGUGUUCGGCGAUCUUUACUGCUCGAAAAUGGGCGGGGAAGCGUGUUCGCAGACGAUCGACACUGCCGAGCUCGCCAGUGGCGGCGGCGGCGCCGGCGGGGGCGGUCUGUUCGAACGCGGCGACCACCUGGUCGGUGCCGUCGAAAAGACGUUGAGCAUAUUCGGUUUCCGCAACGAGCAGGCGGAGCCCGUGACACCGCCCAAAAGGAAGGUUAAGCUGUCCAUCACGGAGUACCUGCAACGGAAGAAACUCAACAGCGACAAGACGGACGAACCGGAACCGGAACCGGAGUCUAGUGCGGAAGACAAUUCGGUCGACGUGCCCAAGACGGGCGCGACCACGCCCCAACCUCGGUCACGCAGUUCGAGCUUCAGCUCCUCCAUGUCUAGUGACGAGGACACCGCCCAGACAAUAACCGUCAGCAAAGCUUCCGUGUUCAAUUCGGAACCUACCGAGCUCGAACGUCAACGGGAGAUAUCGAGCAUCAGGCUGAAGAAGGUCUUCGGACUGGCGGUGGAUGAUUCCAACAAGACUCUGGACACUAGCACGAUAUUCGGCGACAUCCAGUCGAAGCUAAAAUCGUUCGCCACUUCGCUGGCCAGCCCCACGUUCUCGGAGAAGUCGUUGAGCGAGGCGCCGCCCCCUCCACCGCCGCCUCCUUCCGAGCCGCCGACCGUCGCCGCCCCCGCGGAGCCGGACGAGCCGGUCGCAGGGGAAGACGGCGUCGGCGAUGACGUGAACGACACGACGCGAGGCGAUGCGGACGAGCCGAACGUUUUUUAUACGCCCGACGACGACGACGACCACGAGGGGGCGGGGACGACGCGUUUCGAGCCGGCUCCGCCCCCCGAGAGCAGCGUCAGCUACGUGCCGCCGUUCAACAACCCCAUUUACCCGAACAACAACUUCAACGCCUAUACGUCGACGAUAGACGACGACUCCCGAUAUCAGAGCCGGAACCCGUCUCCACCACCUCCGCCGCCGCCCCCCGAGACGGACGCCGAUGUUACGCCAAACGCCGUCGCCACGCCCGCGACGCCCUAAGACAGGGGGCGGGGCGCGGGCCGCGAAACUAGUGCAAUUAUGGGUGCAGUGCGGGACGCUGGGUGAAAAUCGGUGAAUCGUUAGCGACGCCACUGGCCCGUCGGGUUAUUUCUCUUUUUUUUCCCGAAUCGGAGCAAUCUCAUGUUGGGGGGGGGCGGCGGGAGGGUCACGCCGCGAAAUAGUACAAAUAUAAACUAUUUAUGUGUGGGGAUCGGUGGGCGGGGUACGAACCGAAACCCUCGGGAUAUCGUCUUAUUUUUCUAAGUUUCUCAUUGCCGUCGGUUUAAUGUCGCCCAGUACGUUAUAAUUUUUUUUUUUUUGUUUUUGAAUCUAUUUUUUUACGUGCGCCCGUCUGCGUGUGUGUGUGUGUGUGUGUGUGUGUGUGUGCGCGUGUGCGUGUCGUGAGCGCGAGCGCCGUCACUCCCGGGCCGCCCUGUACAUACAGAUUGUUAUUUUUCGCCCGCCAGGGCGGCGCACGCCGCUGUACAUAGCUAUGACAAGGCCCCGCCGCGCGCGUAGAAUGUGAGCCCCGCGCGUCCGUCGCGGUUUUCGCAUUUUGUCGGGUCGCCGGAUGCGAAAUUGACGUUUUGGGAAGUUCGCGAACCAAAAAAAAAAAAAAAAACGCGAAAUGUGGAGGGGGGCGUUUUGAAAAAACGCGCCCCCCACUGUCGGCCGCAGGUUCGUCAUCCACGAAAAAGGAAAACAAUUGGGAUUUGCAAGUAAAAUCGCGAUUGUUUGAAAAUUAAAUAAAUUUUUUUGGUUUCUGAGGAGGACCAUAGGUACGUUACUGAUUUUUUUUACAGGAUGUUAAAACUUAAAAAAGUAACGUGUAUCAAAUUUUUAUUAGAUUAGAUACGAAAACAAUAAUUAAAAAAGUUGCACUUUCAGUGGCUUAUUCAAAGUGAAUAACAAAAGUUGCGAAAAAUGUCAGCGGCGUAGAUCAUUUCUUGAAAUAGUAAACGUUUAGUUCCUAAGAAAGACUAUGCCGUGUUCCAGUGUCGUCCCUAAUUGAUCUUUAUGGGCAACGGUACGCUACUGAUUUUUUGUUUUUCGAUAAAUGCUUAGUUCUCGUGAUAGAGGGUGUUAAACUUUUAAAAGUAACGGCAUUUAUAACAGAGUGCGUUUCGUCGUUUUCUUUGCUAUUUAUUUUUCUAGAAAUGUGUGUCAAAUUUUGAUUAGAUUAGAUACGAAAACGAGAAUUAACUAAGUUGCACUUUCAUUGUCUUAGUCAAAGUAUAAUAACAAAAGUUGCGAAAAAAGUCAGCGGCGUAGAACAUUUCUUGAAAUAGUAAACGUUUACUUUCUAAGAAAGACUAUGCCAUUUGUUCCAGUGUCGUCCGUAAUUGAUCUUUAUAGGUAACAAUACGGUACGCUACCGAUUUUUUUUUUUUAAUGCUUACGUCGCUUCCGCCGUUUUCUUGAUUAUUUAUUAUUUAAGUACUAUGUGUAUCACAUUGGCCCAAAAAUAAAAUGUUCAUGAAAAUACGUAUUAUCAAUUUUCAUGAUUUUUAUUAGAUUAGAUGCCAAAACAAGAAUUAAAAAAGUUUCUAGUGGCUUGUUCAAAGUAAAUAACAAAAAUUGCGAAAACAGCGGCGUAAAUCGCUUCUUAAAAUGUUAAACAUUAAAAAGAAAACGUAAAUUAUAAAAAUGUUAAAUAUUUUUUGGCGAAUUUUGUUAAAAUUUGGCAACGCAAUGUACAGCAAUUUUUCCUUAAUUGAGAUAAAAAUUGAAAGUAUCGAAAUAUUUUUUUCUUCAAUACAUACGUACUUAGUUCGUAAGGACUACCUAACGCCAGUGAUUUUUUUUUAGGUAAAUGCAUGAUACAGGGUAUUAAAAUAAAAAAAACACUUGUAACAUAGUGCAAAAAUCCUUAAGUCGUUUUUUUUUUUUGGUUAUUUUUUUAUAACAAGUUUACUGUGUAUCAGACCGGUCCCAAAAAAUAAAAUGUUCGUGAAAAUACGUUUUGUUAAUUUUCUAGAUUUUGAUUUGUGCUGAAGCAUUAAAAACGUUACUUGGUGGCUUGUUCAAAGUAAAUAACAAAAAUUGCGAAAAAACUCAGCGGCGUACGUCGCUUCUUAAAAUGUUAAACAUUAAAAGAAAACGUAAAUUAUAAAAAUGUUAAAUAUUUUUUGUCGAAUUUUGUUAAAAUUUGGCAACGCAAUUUGCAACAAUUUUGCCUUAAUUGAGAUAAAAAUUAGAAGUAUCUAUAUAAUUUUUUUCGAAACAUACUACGUACUUAGUUCCUAAGGACUACCUAACGCUAGUGAUUUUUUUUAGGUAAAUGCAUAGUUUUCAUGGUACAGGGUGUUAAAAUAAAAAAAAACACUUUUGUAACAUAGUGCGAAAAUCCUUAAGGCCUUUUUGUUUGGUUGUUUUUUUUUUAAAACAAGUUUACUGUAUAUCAGACUGGUCCCAAAAAAUAAAAUGUUCAUGAAAAUACGUAUAGCCGGAUUUACUUCAAAUUAUACGGGGUGAUGUAAGAGGAGGUGCUCUGCCUCCAUAAAAUAUUUUCAAAUAAGCAAAGUUGCCGCUUCAACGUAGAGGUUUGAACCUUUCAAGAAAUCCGAUUGAUGUUGUGUUAGAUGGAACAUACAACAUAGAAAUGAGAAUGUGUCUUGGGACAACGCGGUUUAUUGAGUUAUUUCAAGAUAGCGCACCCUGUAUACUUACCAUCUCUUACCGUCUUUGAAAUAAAAAUUAAUUUUCAUGAUUUUUUACCUCCUUUAGACGGAACGAACCCCAUUUUCAUUCAGUUUUAGUGUCCAACCAUCCAGCCCUUUUUCGAAAGUCAAUAAUCGAUCAACCGAGACUGCAGAUUCCUUCCUGUCAAAUUCCACACGCUUUUCCGUGAACAGGGUGCCAAUUUAAAAGAUCGUACUUUAUUAGAUUUUAUGAGAUUAGGAAAACGGCGAAAUAGUUGAAAAGAAACUAAAAUUAAAUAAAAAUGGGAUGUUGUCAUGCGCGAAAUUUUCUUCGAAAUGACGGUGUUGGCCAUUGAUAUUUUAUAAAAAUCACGAGAGUUAAAAUUAAAAACGGAAGAAUAUGCAUUCUGUGCUAUAAAGAAACUCGAUAAACCGUGUUUCUAACGUACAAGAAUGAAUGAAUGAUUUAUUAGGAUUUUUCCGAUUGUCCAAAUUGCUUAAAAAUCAAGGAAAUUAUUUUUGCAUUUCCAUAGACGUACUAAACCAAACCUGACACCCUGUAUAGUUUGAAGUAGACCAUUGAUCCGUUCCGUUUAGUUCACGGAUAUUUUUUGCAAUUCCUGUUAUCUACUAUAAACAAGUUUUUUGACUUUUGAGAUGUUUUCGGAAAAUUGACUAAACCUAUUUUUGUAAACAUUUAUUUUUUGCAUUUUUUGGAAACGUAAGUAUUUCGGACCUAUUUUUUUUUUGGAUGACGGGUCUCCAGCUACGCUUUUGAAAUUUUUUUGAUUAAAAAAUUUUUGUGGUGGACCUUGAUUGUGGUUAAAAAACGCCAUUUUGGUAUUCCCAAAAUGCCAGUGCUGCAUCUCGAAGGUUUCGAAAACUAAAGGGGGGAGCGACUCGCCUUCUACACGCCCUGUAUAUUAUGUACAUAUAUAAAUAGUGUCUAUUUAUCUAAAAACAGAAAAAAAACAGUGAGAGAGAGGAAGAAAAUUUAAAUAGUUGGGCGUCUUUGUUGUGUUUAUAUUUUUCCAUUUAUUUAUUAUUCGGAUCAAAAAAUCGAAGAAAGGAACGGUGGGAGAGAGAGGAGAGAAAUUUGAUAAACCGUAUUGUUGAUUGUAAAGUAUAAAUAAAAUAUUUUCUCGCCCUAGCGGCGAGAAUUGUUACGUUUAGCGUCGCGGCGCGAGCGGGUGGGGGGCGGCGCCGCCUCCCCUUCGGUACGUUACGACGACGUCAGUAUUAUGUUUUUUUGGGGUGAUGGUGGGGGGGGCGGUGCGCGAUCCGGACCCUUCUCGAACGCAAAACGAUAUAAAUUUUUACUAUUUUACUAUGUAACACAGCUGUAUAUAAUCGAUGUUAGUAUGAUUUGUGUACAAUUAAAAUAACUCAU